GAAUGGCGGCCCGGACGCGCCUGAUUUAUUUGAUGCGGCGGCGGGUGGCACGUAUUUCCCCGCGUCUGCGCGCGAAUACUUCCUAACACAGCGCCCAUGCGCAGCCCAAUCUGCCUUCUUCCGGCCGCGCCGCCCGCGGGGUCCGCGAAAAGCGAUGGGGCGAUUUGUUGUCUCGCCAACCUGCGCAUCGUGCGUGGCCCACGCGCCGUCGCUGCCCGCCGUGAAGCGGGCCGCCCACCCAUCGACUCGCACCGGUUCCGGCAGCGUCACGCCCGAGGGCAGCUUCACCGGCAGGCUCCUCCACUCGAGCACCGCGGCGCCGCGGCACGCGCGAAAACCCGUUUGCCAAACGCCGAACCACCAAAGUUGCGCCCCCAAAUGCUGCGGGCCGUGCGACCUCUCAGACGGGGCGGGCCCGGAGGAAACAACGCGACCGCGGCCCCUGGAUUCUCGCCCCCGGCGUCUAGGAGGGCGUUGCUUCGCGAAUGCCGACGUUCGUUGGCAGAAUGGCGUCGAUCGAGAGGGUUGUGGGUGUGGCGCGUGGGGUUCGGCGGGCGCGCGGGGUUCCGAUAAAGAAUGGGGCGCGCGUUGUGGAGGGGAGCUGUGCGGCACAAGCCGGGGGUUCUCUCGUUUGUUAGCCGCGGCGUGGAUUCGUUGGAGGCCUGUGCCGGACCGCGCCUGGACGAGCUUCUCCGGUUGGCGCGUUGCUUGUGAAGUCGUCUUUUCGAAUGCACGCGCCGUCAUUUUCGCAACGGGGCGCGGUUUGGAGCGUCGCGAUGCAUGUGGCGCAAGGCGGUGGUGUCGGGUCCGCUAUGUUCGGCGUCCGCCUUCUUUAUACACGGUGGAUAUCGGUUUCGUUUGUUUUGUUCCUUUUGGCGUGCUCGGUGGCACGUGGGCAAGGUUUUGGAGGGAUACUCUGUGA